AUUCUCUCUCUCUCUCUCUCUCUCUCUCUUACAGAGUACCUGCUCUGUUUCGCCUGAACCUUGCGAUCGUCGGUCGGAAUUCCUGCUGGUCCGCGCCGUGAUUCGUGGCGAAGAUGAAGGGUCGGGCGGGUAAGGACGGAGAGCCCCGCGGAAAGGGCGGUAGAUUCUUCGGUGGCUCCUCAAAGCCUGCGGGGAGCAGCAACAAGGCGGCGGCGAUGAAGAAGAAGAAGCAGAACGUGACGCGUCUGGGAGGCGGCGGCCUCUCCCUCGAGGCCUUUGCCAACAUAAAGUCGACCACGAACCGGAACCAGUACAACCCCGCUCUGAUCAAAAAGAAGAGGGAGUUCUACAAGAAUGCCAAGUAUAUCAGCAAGUACAAGAAAUCCCUAAAGCAUUUAAGUGAGCCAAAUGAUCCAUCGGCCGUGAAACCUUCAGAGGACACAAAGGAAAUGGACAAAUCUAAGAAGAGAAAUAAGAACGAGAAGAGAGGUUCAAAUAGUCUGAGGGAGCUAUACGAGAAGAAGCGUGAGGAGGAAGAGAUAGCAAGAAAGGAGAGGGAGGUGGUUGCACAAGCAAAGAAAGAAGAGAGGGAGAAAGCUGAGGCUCGGAGGAAGGCAGAAAGAGUGAAGAUGUUCAAGAAGACACGGUCCGGUCAACCCGUUAUGAAGUACAGAAUCGAGCAUCUUUUGCAGAGCAUGCAAGGCUCAAAUUAGUGCUUGGGUUGCUCAUUCAAUGGGGAUUUUGUCAUCCCCUUCUCUUUUUCUUUGGUUUCUACACGAGCGGUCUUUGCUUGAACGAGGGAUAUGGCCAUGGUUUCUGGACUUCUUCUGGCCUUUUCAGAAAGUACAACCUGAAAUGGCAUAUUCUUUGAUCUCUGUAUGUAAUGAAAGCUUGUACAUUUUCUUCUAAUAUGAAAUGGCAGCUUCAACAUAUCCAUUAAUUAAUUGGGUGUUCACUGGGUUUUGGCCUAA